ACCGUUCUCUACCUCGCUUAUGGCUCCAACCUAUCGAUCGAGAAAUUUCGCGGAGCUCGCGGGAUCAAGCCAUUGUCACAGAUCAAUGUCCAGGUGCCGUCAUUGCGACUGACAUUCGAUUUGCCUGGAAUCGCCUACAAUGAGCCCUGCUUCGCCAACUCUGCUCGACGAGACUCGAAGAAUGAUCAUCCCAGGAACGAUGCCACCUCCGAGAAAACGAGACUGCUAGGAGAGAGAUCACGCACACGGGGAUACAGGAAAGAGGCGUGGCACAAAGGCUUGAUUGGAGUGGUAUACGAAGUGACACCAGAAGACUACGCACACAUCAUUGCGACAGAAGGAGGAGGCGCUUCAUACCAUGACAUCGUCGUAGACUGCCAUCCGUUCGCGAGCUCCGAUGUACAUCAUCCUGUGCCGCAAGUCCCAGCAACACCAUCCUUCAAAGCACAUACCUUAUUUGCACCGGCAAUUCCACCUGGCGAAGAACCGCCGACAGAUGGUGGCCGUCUGACACGUCCGCGACCUGGCUAUGCCCAAGCUUCAGCGAGAUACCUAAAGUUGAUCACAGAUGGUGCUGCGGAGCUGGGGCUUCCUAUGGAGUAUCAGCGGUACUUGCUUGCCAUCAGACCCUAUCGUGUGACGAUGGUGAAGCAGCGCAUCGGGCAGGCGUCGUUUGCAGCUCUGUGGAUGCCAUUGGUAUUCCUGUUGUUCGGUCUGAGCAACAUGUUUUCGGACAAGAAUGGGAAGGUUCCUGCUUGGAUUACAGGCCUGCUGGCAUUCAUAUUCAAGGCGGCCUGGAGGAGUUAUGAUGUUGUGUUCCUCCCAGUCUUCGGUGAUGGUGAGCGGACUAUUGGGGAC